AUGCUAUACCUCAAUGCCGUCAGGGUCCCAUUCGGUGCAGACUUUGACUCUCCUGAGAGCUAUGGCCUAGCUCUGUCCCAAGCCAACAAGACCCUUAAUUUCCUUAUCCAGACGCCAGACAAAGAGUCCAUUGGUGCAUGGUUUCUGCUAUCUGAAGAGUACUACCAGAGCCUGCCCUCCAUUCCUACCAACGUAUCCGAACACGUCGCUCCAGCUCUCAAAGCACGACCCACAAUUCUCUACCUCCAUGGCAACGCCGCUACUCGCGCCGCCAGUAUGAGAGUAGCUCAGUAUCAAGCUCUUACUGCCAGAUUGGGCGCCAACGUUCUCGCAAUCGACUACCGAGGUUAUGCAGAAAGCACCGGGGUUCCUUCUGAAUCAGGGCUGGUCACCGAUGCGCGAGCAGCGUUCGAUUGGCUGGUGGAUCAGGGUGUUCGAAGCGACGAUAUCUUGGUUAUGGGGCACAGUUUGGGAACUGGGGUUGGAUCUCAGUUGGGUGCUCAGCUCGGGGCUGAGGGUAUCAAGCCACGAGGGGUCGUUCUGAUGUCACCAUUCGUGAGCAUGGGCGAGCUUCUGCAGAACUAUCAUCUCUUCGGCUUCAUUCCUUUAAUCAAACCCCUUUAUGCUAUCCCUGGCGCCGCCCAGAUUGUGACGUGGGCCCUUGUGCACAAGUUUGAUUCGCUGGGUGCAGUUCCUAACAUUACGGCCGAUGUGCUCAUUGCACAUGCGGAGAACGACUGGGAGAUCCCUGACUCCCAUUCAGACAUUCUUUUCCAAGCCUUCAUGGAACCUUACCUUCCUGACGUCUCGACCCCCGAACUCGGCAAGAUGUUGAGUCCCUCGGAAUGGGAAGAGUAUUCCGAUACCCUACAAGCCAGGUUGGCCAAGCGAGAAGCCUUGAUUACAUCGACGCCAAUUCCUAGAUUCGGACGAGUGGAUGAGUUUAAACAAGAUGGACGAACAGUUUUGCUUGUGAAGAGUCAUGUUGGAUCACACAAUCUCGUUGGAAUUCAGGAAGGAUUACAAGAUAUCAUCAAGAAGAAGUUUAGAUUCUAA